AUGGCGGAUCACUCCGACACGACAGUGUCUGACAAGCGACAGCGACCUCCGGAUGCAGAGGACGCCGGGGACCACGCAAAAGAUCCCAUCACAAUAAUCUUUGACCGCUUCUGGGCCAAAUUACAGACACGCUUACAGCCCGCAGGGCCCUGCCAAACAUCACCCAUGAGGGUAAGAGCAAGUGGCGGACGGGAGCAUGGGAGUCCUCCUCAGGGCAACUUUCAGACCCUGGCAUCAAAACCCCACAUCUUAGGCCCUCCCGAGCUGAGAGCAAGAAGGGGAGUCCCCCAGAGGCGCUGGCCACACAAGCGGAGAGAGGCAAGACGAACACCCAAGCGACCCGAUCUAACUCCCCGCACCACCCCGAAAGGGCCGACCCUGGACCAUGAAGGUCCCCAGGCUCGUGGCCUACGAGCGCCAGCUCUCCCACAGCUCUGGGGCAGGAGAGAACUCCCGCAACCGAGACACCGCGGCUCUACACUAAUGGGACUGAACUCUAGCGUGAGGACCAAGCCUGGACGACAGCCGACAACAGGAGGUUGCCGAGCAUGCAGCGACAAGACUCUCAACCCGGUACUAGAUCAAGGGAAGAACUCCCUCCUCACCGCUGCUGCCUUGAGUGACUGCCUGGAUGUCCUCAUCCGCACCAGACAGGCGGAACUCUGCACGGCGAGGCAGCAAGGACAGCGACCGAUGAACCCCAGGGACGAUACGGACCUACCAAGCCGGGGCAUCGGCUGA